AUGUCCAAUCCAACAAUCUACCUCUACGCCGAGGCGCUCACUCACAUUCGCCAGCUCACACUGCACGCUUCUCUUCAGACCGAGAAGAAUGAGCACACUAAGAUCCUCUUGUCGUCAGAUAAGAAAAUCAUCACGGCGCUCCACGACGGCCAGUCUGCCAGCAUCUAUCUUCCCACCCAGAUCUCCGGCACCGCACAUGUAACUUUCCCCAUAGACAAGAAAACCGAGAUCUCAGCUCGGCUGCAAAUAGACGAUCUUGGACAGCUAAAACCUGACAUAGAUGAGUCAGGCGGUAUCGAGGUCCCUUGGACUGCAGGAGCUCUGACCGCAAAUACCGCGAUUCGAUGCAAAGAUUGUGGCGCCGAUGUCCUACAGGCUGGACGAGUCACUGUGUGGAAAGAUUUGCCCAGCGAACAUUGGGCAGAGCUGAUGGACUUCUGGUUCUGCCACAAGCCCCACGAUAAUUCUACCCAUGAACACGCCGCCGAAUCCAAAGGCUUCUCUCCUACCAGCAAGUUUACCGCCACUCCCAGGGUUGGGCUGGUGGAUGCCGUCUCUUUUCUGCUGCAUGAAGAGGACUGUCCGAACGUGCAAAACGUCAAGCACCCUUCGAGAAUAGAUUCUUGCACCCUCAAAUGCCCUGGUUGCGGGAUUACUCUAGGCUUUCGUCAAGAAGGCGAGAUAGGCUACCGACUGUUCAAGUCUCGGCUGCAGGUCAUUCCCGAUUUGAAUCAGGACGCGGAACAGUUCCCAGCGGCGAUCUUUGUUUGUGCCCAGCUGCUGUCUUUGAUCGAAAGUUCUGUGACGCGCAGAAUCGUUGUGCACGCUGACAAUCAUACCGAAUCCGACCUGAAGACCGAAGGUCUGAUGCUUUGGAUCUUUAAUCCUGACAUCUAUUACUCGAGCAGUAAGCGAGGGCCUACAGUUCACCGAGCCAUGAAAGUCUUCUACAAGACACUUCCGGAUCCCGUCAAGUUCUUAGACGCCAACAGCAACGUGUACGAAGAGCUCGUGGGCACAACAGAUGACCUCGCAGACUUCAAAAAAAGCUUGCAGGAAAGUACAGAGAUCCUGCCUCAGUCUGCACGGAGAUUCCAGGAUUGGGAUGUUGGAUUACUUGACCGUUGGGAGAAAAACGCCACCGGCUCCGCGAAAAUGGAUGAGAAUCCGCUGAAUAAAAAGGUCGACGAAGGGUUUGAAUUGUUCAAGCUACCAGCUGGGAUGCAAGAGCUGUACUUGUGA